CGGGCGGUGAUGGGAGUUGUAGGCGGAAGAGGGCGCGGAGAGCGGCGGGAGGGAGUCUUGAGGGGUCCCCGGGAUGAAGCCCCCCCCUCAGCCCAGCGCCAUGGAUGCUCUGCACGAGGCCGGGAUCCGCGCGGCCGUGGCGCUGCAGGCUGGGCCGCCCUGGCUGGAGCAGCUCUGGCUCUUCCUGAGCUCCCACUUGGACCCCAACUCCAUCUACACCGUCUGCUUCCCGCUGGCCCGCGGGCUGGACGAGCACGUGUCGCUCAUGGUGCUCUGGACCGCCCUGGUGGCCGAGUGGUUCAACGUGGUGCUCAAGUGGUUCCUGUUCGGGGAGCGCCCGUUCUGGUGGCUGCACGAGUCGGGGCUGUCGGGCCGGGAGCAGCUGCCGCUGCGCCAGUUCCCCAUCACCUGUGAGACGGGGCCAGGGAGCCCCUCGGGCCACUGCAUGAUCCUGGGGGCCGGGCUGUGGCCGAUUGUCACCGCGCUGAGCCAGGGCGUGUCCAGGUACAGCCAGAGCCGGCUGCUGAGGCUGAUCCCGUUCCUCCUCUACGUCCUGCUGCUGGUGGCCAUGGGCGUGUCCCGGGUCUUCGUGCUGGCCCAUUUCCCGCACCAGGUGGUCACGGGCUCGCUGGCAGGGAUGGCUCUGGGCUGGGGGCUGCAGCGCUGGCCCCCCAACUUCCUCAAGUGCCGCUUCUUCCUGGGGGCGGCGCUGGGGCUGCUGCUGGGCGCGCUGGCCCUGCACGGGCUGGCCACGGCCGCGGGGCUGGACCUGGACUGGUCGCUGGGCCGGGCCGGCUCCCGCUGCUCGGACCCCGCCUGGCUGCGGCCCGAGACGCGUCCGUGGGCGUCGCUGUGCCGGGUGGGCGGCACCGCGCUGGGGCUGGCGCUGGCGGCGCGGCACCCGCUGAGCCCGCGGGCGGCGCGGGAGCUGCGCGGGCUGGAGCCGCCGCUGGGCAGCGCCGUGCUGGGGCUGCUGGCGCUCGACCUGCUGCACAAGCUGCCCAAGAGCGACCACGCGGCGCUCUGGUACCUCAACGUGGGCGCUCGCUACGCGCUGGGGCCCGUGCUGGUGGCGUCCCUGCUGCCGCAGCUCAUCCUGGCGCUGCGCCGGCUGCGGGCGGCCCCGUAGAGCCCCCCCGGCCUGGGGAGGGGGCGCUGCUGCGGCCGGGGCGCGUCCGCACUGCCCCGGGGACCCCCGGGGGGUCUGCUCUGCUCCCGGGGCGCUCUCACGCUCCUUGGCCUCAAAUUGAUAGGGGGGCUCUGCUCCAUUCCCGGUCUGUUCUCACACUCAUUUCCCCCAAAUUGAGUAGGGGGCUCUGCUCCAUUCCCGGUUCGUUCUCACACUCAUUUCCCCCAAAUUGAGUAGGGGGCUCUGCUCUGUUCCCGGUCUGUUCUCACACUCAUUUUUCCCAUAUUGAGUAGGGGGCAUCUGCUCUGUUCCCGGUCUGUUCUCACACUCAUUUUUCCCAUAUUGAGUAGGGGGCUCUGUUCUGUUCCCGGUUCGUUCUCACACUCAUUUUUCCCAAAUUGAGUAGGGGGUGUCUGCUCUGUUCCCAGUUCAUUCCCUUUUGCCCCCAGGGACCUCCAAACUGAGUAGGGGGUCCCCCCCCACUCCUGUCCCAGUUCAUCCUCACCUUCCCUUUCCCCAGGGACCCCCAAAUUGAGUGGGGGUCUCUGCUCUGCCCCCAGUUCUUCCCCUCCCCCAGGGGCUCUACCCGAGCUGUGCCCAUCCCCGGGGGUCUCCCCCACCCUGGGGGGCGGCAGAGCUGGGGGUGCCCCCUGCCCCCAUUUGGAACCAAAUAAAGCACCAGAACCAA